AUGGCGGCUGCCAACGCCGUUCUCGUGUUCGGUAGCAUCAGGAAAGCGGGGGGGAACGAUACGGGAGCCUUCAAGGUGUCCACCGAGCUGUUUGGAUGGAAGAACAAGCGCACUGGCGAAGUCGUGCAGCACCGACAAAAUGAUGUGCAAAACAUCACUCUCAUCAACACUGGAGGAGGCAUGUACCAGGUGCGCUUCGAGAUGAACGCUGCCAAGGAUAACGCCGUGCUGAGAUUCUGCGGGUUCUCAGAAAAGGGUAUUGCGGAACUGAAACAGCACCUCGAUACCCACUUCAAGGUCCCGGUAAACAUGGACGAAGUAGCGCACACUGGCUGGCACUGGGGGACGUACGAGUUUGACAACAAUACGUUCAAGCUGAAAAUCGACGAGAAAACUGCUAUCGACAUUGACGCCAAAAACGUCAGCCAAGUCACAGUACCUGCAAAGACGGACCUCGCUGUUGAACUUAAGACCGACAAGGCAAUGGCCACGGGAGAUGAGUUGGUGGAGAUCAGGUUCUUCAUGCCCAACAAGCCCGAUACAGAGGACAACGAACUGCAGUUGGAGGACCUCAAGCAGGUACGGCUAUAUACUGUCUGUGGUUAUACAACGACUGCGCAGACCUUCCUACUCAAGGCCGGUCUCGACGAACUCAAGACGGAAACUGUCGCGCUGCUCACGGAUGUGCCGCUCAUCGUCCCGAGAGGAAGGUUCGAAAUCGAGUUUACCCGAAGGCACAUCAAGUUGCACGGAAAGAGUUACGAUUACAACAUGUUCUUCACAAACAUAUCACGCAUGUUCCUGGUUCCCAAACCAAACAGCCCUCACGUCAACUUCAUUGUGGGUCUGCACCAGGCGAUGCGCCACGGGCAGACCAGAUACCCCUAUGUUGUUAUGCAAUUUGACGCUGAGGAGGAUAUCGAGCUGGAAAUCAACAUGCCACAAGCUGACUUGCAAACCAUGAAACUUGACAAACUGAUGACCGGCAAAACGUUCAAUGUGGUGACAAAACUAUUUGGAACUCUGGUCAGCAAGCCCAUCGUCGUGCCAGGAGAGUUCAAGUCGGAGAAGGGAGAAUCUGUAGGUUCCUCAAUGCGCGUCUCAAAAUCUACGCAGGGAUUCUCAUGCACCUACAAGGCAACGAGCGGCCACCUGUUCCCGCUCAACAGAUCGCUGCUGUUCAUUGUUAAGCCAGUCAUUUUUAUCAGAUUCGACGACAUUAUCUCUGUGGAAUUCAGCAGGACUGGAAUGUCUACGCAAAACAGAUUCUUCGCGUUCAGCAUCGCUACCAAACUAGGACAGGAGUUUGAGUUCACGAACAUCGAUCGUGCUGAAUUCGAGCCGCUUUCGAAGUACCUAGCGUCGAGGGACGUGAAAAUCAAAAGGCUCGAGGAGGCGGAAAAUACCGCCAACUACAGGGCAGCGCAGCUCGCCGCGGCAGAAGACGAUGAGGACGACGAGGAAGACGAAGAUUUCGAAGAUGAGGAAGGUAAGAACGAUACGUCUCGUAGGACGCAACGCCACGCAGAGUCAGAUGAGGAAGGCUCCGACGAGGAUGAGGACGAGGAAGAAGAGGAAUAA